CAACAACAACAACAACAAUAACAACAACAGCCUGAGUGCCGACCCCGUCACCCACAAGGCCAAAGCCGCGAUGACCUGGCAGACGGGCGCCAUCAAAGGUUCUCUCGCCGCCCGCAAGGAUACCAUCGACUCCACGCGGCAUGGAGGACGCGCUAUCCGAGCAGUGAUAAACGUUAUCGAACCCGCCUCCUGCUCCUCCUCCUCCGCCGCCUCCUCUUCCUCCUCCUCCUCCUCCUCCUCCUCCUCCACGGCCUCCUCCUCCAGCUCCGCCGAAGGGGCCUCCUCCUGCGCCUGGGGCGACGUCGGCGCGCUCGCGGCCUACGAGCACGUGGUGGAGAGGAUGGGCGAACUCAACGGCACGGCGGACGCCCACCACACGGACCUGCUCUUCCUGAAGGGCCUCAUGGAUUCCCCCAUCAUGAAGUCGCUCGUCAAGGUCCAGGACACUCUCGAGGAAGGUGCCGGGGUGGUGGAGCCCGUGUCUUCGGGAAACGUCAAGCUGGUCAACCAAGUCCGACUCCUUUGCGAGGCCUCGACCAGCGCCCCGUCUCAAGAACUCGCCGACCUCCUCUUGCGGCCUCACCUUCUGGCACUCCUCGAGACCCACGACACCAUCGCCGACCGCAGACACGCGGGCGACGCAGGCACCUCCAACGGCUACAACAACGGCAUCAACGGCUGCCACGACAACGCCACCUUCAUGCCCGAGGAAAAUGGCUACCCGGUGGACGCCAUCCGGAUGGUGGGCCUCCGGAAGCGCCCCGACGAACCGCUGGGGCUGACGGUGCGGGAGGACGAGAGCGGCUACCUGGUCAUCGCGAGGAUCAUGGCGGGCGGCAGCAUCGACAGACAGGGGCUCCUGCACGUCGGCGACGCCAUCUGCGAGGUGAACGGCGUCGAGAUCAACAGCCUUCAACAGCUACACGAAGAAGUGGCCAAGUGUCGAGACUCCGUGACGCUGAAGGUGCUGCCGGCCCUCCACGACCCGCCGGCGCCCAACCAGGUAACCAGCACCCUCCACCCAGACGCAACCAGGGCCAUUUGCUACAUGCGAGCUCUUUACUCCUACGACCCCACAGAUGACACUCUUCUGCCGACGUGCCCCUCGCAGCAGCCUCAGGAUAUUGGCCUCAAGUUCGAAAAGGGCGAUAUUCUGCAGAUCGUUGACCAGUCGGACCCGAACUGGUGGCAGGCGCAGGUCGUGGGCUCCGGCAGCAAGCGCACAGGCCUGAUCCCGUCGCAGGAGCUGGAGGAGCGUCGCAAAGGGCUCCUGUCGACAUGGAGUACGAUUACGUGUAGAUGGCAUUGCGGCAGAUGUGAGUUGUGUUCGUGGAUCUCGAAACGGAAGAAGAAGCUCAUGUUCUCCACCAAGAAGAGCACAGACUACGACCAGGCGGAGCUCCUGCUGUACGAGGAGGUCGCCCGGAUGCCGCCCUUUAUGCGGAAGACCCUCGUCCUCAUCGGCUCCCACGGCGUCGGCAGGAGAACGCUCAAGAACAGGAUCAUCGCCUCGGAUCCUUCCAAGUUCGGCACCAUCAUCCCUCACACGUCCCGACCCAUGAGAGAGCUGGAGGUGGACGGCAAAGCCUACCACUUCACGACGCGGGAGGCCAUGGAGGCUGAUGUCCGGCAACACAGGUACCUAGAGUAUGGCGAAUUCAGCGGCAACCUGUAUGGCACCAAGCUCGACUCCAUCCUCUCCGUCAUCCGCUCGGGGAAAAUGUGUCUGCUCGACUGCUCGCCUGCGUCCUUAAAAUACCUUCGCAACUCUAGCGAGAUGUUGCCCUACGUCAUCUUCCUCGCAGCGCCAGGGAUGGACCAGAUCAAGAGCCUAUAUAACAUCGGCAGUUCCAUGGGCUCAUCCAGUCGCAACCUCACCUUCGACCGCAGCAGCUCCAUACGCUACAGCUCCCGACGUGCCAGGACAUUAGAGUCGCUGGCUUCGUUGUAUGAGGAGGAUGAUUUUAAGCGUACAAUGGAAGAAAGUGCGAAGCUACAGCGUGCCUACGAUAAGUACUUUGACAAAGUUAUCAUAAACAAUGACCUAGACGAUACAUACACCCAAAUCAUGGACGCUAUUGAACGCCUGGCAAUGGAACCCCAGUGGGUGCCCGUGACGUGGGUAUACUAGCGUCUGCAUGCCACCCAAAGCAAAUUACAUGUACAUGUUGGCAUGACCACAAGUGUUACCACGAGCAACGGAAGCAAGGAAGGCCCACAGGAUCUGUGAUUUUGCAUCGGAAAUGAAUCUGUUUUAUGGAAGAGUUCGUGGGAACAGUUCGACCGUUUGGUGCGUUCGUAAGAUUAUUUCUUUGGUGGAUGAUUUGAACGUACUGAGAAGCUAGGCUGUCAAGUCUUCCAGAGUAAUCAAAUAUGGCGUCUCCCACCCAAGAGCCAUGGAUCAACGUUUGAGCUAAAAGAAGAUAGAUUGCUUGUCUUGUGAAAGUUUGUCAGCAAUUUUCAUUCAGUCUGACAGCGAGAAGAAGGAUAGACUCAGAGCUCAUUAAAUACCCAUAGAUAUUAAAGGAUGUGCUGUACAAUAAAGCUUUGUCAUCAUGAUUUUGGGACUGUGCAAAUAUUUGUCAUUAUUCAUUUGAUAUUGCGUGUUAAUAAUUCAAGACUUUGAUUCAGUAUCAUUUUAACUGAAAACCUUGUAUUACCUCAAACACACACACACACACACACACACACACACACACACACACACACACACACACACACACACACACACACACACACACACACACACACACACAACUCCUGAGUCAGAUGCACUUUCUUUAGACCAUUUUUUUAAAAUGUUUCUUCAGGUUUUAUACAUAUUUAGAAAAUGCAAUGAACAUGCAACAAAGCAAGAAUUUACGUUGUCAAAGAUUUAGUCAUUAAACUAGUACAGUGAUCGCAAAGUCCUUAGCAUUUCAUCAUGUGAUAAACAUGGUCGUAGAUGUUUAUUAUCAAUUAAAUGAUGGACAGACUUCAUGCAUACAUCACUUAGCUCAAGUACAGGAAAUGUUCUUGGCCUUGGAGAUAGUUGAAAAGGAAGAAAACAGUAUCAUUUGAAAAGAAAAUCUUUAUAUUUAAUUUAUAUAUAAGUUUGACAAAUUAAUCAGGAAUGUUUUUCUAUUGAUAUUCCUCCUUCGUACUUGAUACAUUUCAUUAUUUUUCAUAGACUACCCAGUGAUUUUAAGAGAACAUUUUGAGAAAGAAAAAUUAUAACAAUAAGGAGCACGUGGGAGAAAACUGUCUUUUUCCAACCAAACAAAUUUAAGUAUCAACUUUUAUUUAUUAUAAGCUCGUAUCCCCUACUUUUUAAAAUGAUUCGGCGUCGUGCUAACUCAAAAAUGAAAAUCCGUUUUUUGAAGAUCAAGUUCCACGUUUCUUAACGUUUCUUGAAUACUAGAGACAUGAAGUGAACCGCGCACUUUUGGACGAGCUUACAGUAAUGUUAACAUAACCUAUGCUAUGUAAAGAUAAAUACGAAUGUGACAAGUUUACUGUAAGACAAAUUCCAGCCUAUUGAAGUAUUGUAGAGACAUAGUAUGUAAAUAAGAGUGUUGGGAAAGAAUAUUAAACUACUGGACUCUGCAUUCAGAUAUCUAUGCUUGGUGAGGAUAAAUAUCCAGAAAACAGCUCGUCACCUCUGCUAUUCGUAUAAUAGCUGGCGUACUGCUUAAUCUAAUGGAGAUUCUGUGAUGUCCCUUAUACUAUUUUAAGGCGUAUGUAUAUGUAUGUAUAUAUUAUUGUAUCCUAUGGGACACAGUUUGAGUAAGAUUUCUUUCGUGUGUCGUUUGUCGUUGCGUUUAUUUUGUGUUUUUAAGUCUAAAGGAGCAUUAAAAUUGUUGAUAUCAUUUUGGCUUUAAAUACAGUUUGCUUUUGUAACUAUAGGUAAACCACAAAUUCUUCUUAAACUAAGUUACAGAAUAUGUUUUUUUGAAUGCACUAAUAAAAUGGAAAAUAUGCUAACUGUGAGUAGUUGGCUAAUUUUUUUAUUUAAACUCUCAUUCUCGCGAAAGGAAUUCUCGAAUUUCUUUCCAAAGAAUUACUCUCAAGAUCUGAAAUAAUUCCAAGAAUAUCUGGAACGAUUCAUAA